UUGUUUCUCUGUGCACUUCACCUAAAAGAUUCAGGCGACAUGACUCAGCAUUUCAGGCGACUUAACUCUGGUUUCGGGCGAGAUGACUUUCGGGCGACCUGACCGGUUACCGUUAAACCCCUCCCGAGAGCAGUUUCAAGACAACGCUGAGCAGAUUCACUGGAUUCGUGUGAACGGAAGGUCGAUUCGUGUAAAAAGGUAGGCGGUUUCGUGUGGACGUAACCUUUUAAAUUCAAUUAUUCUCGUCUUUGAAAUGUUAAAAUAACCUUCGGACGGAUAGUUUUUUUUUAACGGACAACAAACAACCAUUACGGUUUCCCUUGCCCUCACAAAGCAAUAUAUAGCUGAUUUAAUAAAGGUUGCUUUGGGCAUUGGUAUUUGGGCACUGGGAAUCUGUUGUUUUGUCGUCACUCAAGCAAAUGACUGCAUUGUUCUGUAUGCCCAAUUGCCAAAGCAACCUUUAUUGAUUUAGGUUUUUAAACAUGUCUCUGGGUGACCCUCCUUUCGCAUAGAAAAAAAAACGCGCGUACACGCGCGAAAUCGCGACGAGGAAGACACAACACACAACCAAUCAGAUUUCUGCUAUUUUUGCAUUCGAUUGCAUCACAAGUCGUAAACUAAAGUCCGCCAUCUUUGAUUUCGGUUCCUUGUUUUCUGCAAGGUUACAUUUGUACAACCCUUAGUAACCAGUAAUCGUUUGUCGUGGAAUGGGUGUCUUCAACGUUCAAGAACAUUUACGACAUCGCCGAAAUCGGGAAAGCGAAGAAUCGUACGGGACAGAACUGUAAGUAUCGUAGAAUGUUUUGUUUUGGUAUUUUGCGCGGUUAAAUAAUUUAUUUACUGUAAAAACCGGUAAAAUUUGUAAGUUUAAGUUCCCUAUUUCAUCUUUGAUUUUCUAUCAACAGCUAUAAAUAAGCUGAUGACAAUGCUGCUUGAUUUGCGAAUUAAACCAACUAGCCAAGUGUGAUGUCCUUAGCUUGUUUAUAAAUGAGACUCAAAGUAAGAUUCCCCGUUUUUCUUAUUUCGAUUAGCUAGCUGGUUAUGUAAUUCGCGUUCGAGUGGUAAAACCAUAUGAUGUAUUCCACGAUCUCGAUUGAUGAUAUUAUGAUUGGGCAGAGCACGAUAAAACAUUGGUGUUAAAACCAAUUUACCAACGAAGAUUCCCUCGUCCAGCCAGUGAGCUUUGACCGGCGCCCGGUAAAUCCAAAAGCCGGUCUGCUGAGCAGGAAGUCGUCGAGAGGUCAAACUCCGAGAGGAACAUCAAAUUGGGCUCUUUGGAAAACUCAUAAUGCUUCUAAUGCUUGCUGUUUAUAUUGCGUUACAAGGGCCAAGUUGUUUUUUUUUCUCACUUAGCCCAUAGGUUGUUUUUGCAGUCGUCGUUGCUCUUACUCAAGGCCAUUUUUUUCCUCCUCAGGGGCUGGGAGGAGGAUUUUGUUGAGCCUCCAGACGCACCGCAGCCCCAACAAGAAGCAGCUCAAAGGCGCACUAUCCGUCAGCGUUCACAGAAAAAUAAAAUACAUCAUUUUAACACGAAAUUCCCGGCAAGGAAGGUUAAAACUGGAAGCAGGCAGAUGAGAAGACAUGAAAACAGUUAGUAUUUUUAUUGUUUUGGAGAUGCACAUGAAAAAUAGAUUAUCUGUGGAUUAUUUUUAUUCGAAGAUAAUAGUUGAAGAAAUAAAAUUAUCUGCCCUUGUUCAUUUUCAUUCUGUAAUAUCUUUGGCUUUGGUAGUAAACAGUGAGUAUGAAACAAAGGGGCUGCCCACUUGGUUGGGAUCCUGGGAACUAGUGCCUUGGAACUGGCACAGUGUGGUGUUUUGUUUACAUCUUGAGUACCUGAUAUGAAACUGUCCACAUAGUUACUCCCUUUCACGCUGUCAGAUGCAACUUGGAAACUUGAGCUUUGUAGGGAGUAGGAAGCAGUGGUUUGCAUUAUAACUAACAACACUGGUGUGCACACAGGGCCCGGGGGGGGGCACUGCCAAAUAUGGGCUAUAUAGGUAUGUGCCGCUGUGAAGGGUAUGGUUUUCAAGCAGUUUACUCUAGGAUAGGGUAUAUAAAUCAGACCGUUUGGGUCUAGAAUAGAUUAUUAUUUUUCAGGAAACUAAUCAGUUGGUUGAAGAUUUUAUCUAGACUAGGGAAACAGCUACUCUAGGAUAGGGGGGAUUUGGGAGUUUACUCUAGUAUAGGGUAGCAAAAUUCAGCUGAACUAGCUCUGGUACAGGUUAAGGGUUCCAGGGUCCCAGCGGCACAUCCCCACCCAGAAAUUCCUAAGGUACCCCCCCCCCGGGACACAGGGACCCGAUGCCCACUGUUGUGCCUGGGUACAAGGUCUCGACCUUAAACUCAGGCACCCCGGCACGGUUACCUUAUUGCAGCAUGGGUAGUUGAAAAAAACAUGUGUUCACAUUAACAUUAGUACCAUAUGAGUACCACACUCGGGUACCUUUCCAAGUGUGAACGCUGUCAAAAAAAUUGUUAAGAUACUAUCCACAAACUUGGGUACUUUGGAGAACAAAACAAUCCCAAUUCAAAGUUGGGGUGUUUCUGGCAGGUAGCUCAUACAGCAGAACAACAUUGCUUAGAUGGGGUGGGGAAGAAAAGCUUCAUUUUCCCUUUUGAAAUUGGCAACAUGCCAAAAAAGCCCUUUGAGGCACAGUGACUCUACUUUUUGUUGCCAAUUGAAGGAUUAAGAGAACCACAAAAUAUUACAGUCUUUUUCAGGAAUGCUAAAACCAGUGAACAGGCUGAUCAAUGUACCAGCUUAGAAUAUGCAAUGUCUGUUUUUAGCCUGUUUCCUUCUGAGUCUUGUCGAUCAUGAGGAAAUUGAUGAACUUGACAUCAGUGACUUGGUUAACAACAACACAAGUGUGUUUGCCUCACUUUUAACAAAUGCAGAAAAAAUGAAGGUAUGCUGUUUGAUGCAUUUUUUCCUGGGAGAAAGGGAAACUUUCUUAUAUGGCCUGUAUGCAACUGGACAUGACAUGCAUACUUUUUGGCCCAUCCCACACUAGGAAAAACUGUUAUUACAGUGAAAAAUACCACAUGUUCCAAAGAAAAUGUUACUUUUUAACAAAACAAGAGUCCAUCUAUUUUGUCCCUUGUCCCACAAAGGCUUCUAAUUUAGCAUAAUGCACUUUUCUUUUUUGUCCUAAGCAAAAGCAAGGUCGUGAUUCUUAGCCCACAGUGGCAACCCUAUCCCUCAACAUAAGUUUAGUACCCCUGGGUUGAUUGUAAAUGCUCCAGAUCUAACUUCCUUCUAUAAUUCCUUGUAUUUUAAGAUAUGGAAUGAAUUUGUGAGCCUGUCUGAGGAAGAACAAGAUCUUGUCAUUACAAGAAGAACAUCAUCUCCUCAAGAGAAGGAAAUCAACCGAGAAAGUACUGAGGAAGAACUUGUCUUGACAGAAAGAGGUUGGUCGAAAAUUAAUGUUGUUAAGUAUAUUUUGUCUUUUCCACAAUAAAACUGUGCAGUUUAUACAAUUUCUCAGGGGGAGUAACUAAAUGAAAUUGAAAAAAGUUGUUUCUCUUUACAAGUAGAUUAAGUUAGAUUUGUUUAAGUUCAAUACAGUUUGUAGCCCAAAAAGUUAGCCACCGCUUGUUGUUUAAUUGUGUAAUUAUGAUAAUAUUUUUAAUUUUGAUAAUAUUUUGUUCUAAUAAUCUAACUGAGGGAGCCCAUUCCUUAUAAGCCCGGUGGCUUCCCUUGGGCUUCCUUGCCAUUAGCGUUUUCAAUAAUUAGAUUUUUUUGCUUUUGUACAUCUUAUGGCAAAACAUUAAACUGAACUGAACUGUGCUUGUUUGUUAUUCAAACAUAGUAUGUCAGACAGGCCCAGUCUAAGACUAAAAAUCUAGCACUAGGGCUGUCAAUAAGGUUCAAUUUCACGGUGCAAAGAAAGUCAGUUUUACAACCUGCCAUUCAAGCAAGCUGUAGCUAGCAUGUGCUAGCCCACAAACCCUUUUUGGAUUAACGGGAUUGAUUACAAUCCUUCUGUAAUUUGAAUUUCCCCCAAAAAAAGCACUUGCCCAUCGGGCAACUUAAGAACAAAAAUUAAUCACUAGCCUGAUAGCAAAAUCCACUAGCCUCAGGCUAUCGGACACGACUUUCUUUGCACGCUGAAGUUCCUAGGUCAAUGUAACAAUUAUUGUUUGGCAGGCAACUGAACAGCUACAGCUUUGAACAGCUUCUUCGUGUUCAGCUUUCCUUUUGUUUCUCCUCAAAGUAGCUGCGGGUCGUGCUUAUCACAGCCAGGGGAAAUCCUUGUCCCUUAGCCCUUAGGGACAGCCCUGCAGCACUCUGACCACUUGUAAAAUAGAGUAUCACUUCAUAAAAUACAUGUCCCUUGGGAACAGGGCCUUCGCUUAUGUUGGCCUUUCACCAUGCAACACUCUUCCUUCAGCUAUCAGGAGUAUCCAUAGUGUUCAGGGCUUAAAGAAGGCUCUAAAGACUCUCUUAUUUUGUUUGGCAUUUGCCCAGUGAACUAUGCUUUUUGACAGUAAUUGAAGUAUUUUAUUUUUACAGUCUUUUCUCUUGUUGUACUGUUUGUCAGUUUCUUAUAAGGGCUUUAGAAUAUGAAUAUACUUUUAGUGCUAUGUAAAUAAAAUGUCUUAUCUUAUUUCAAUUUGCUGUGUCUGUAGAUGCUGUGGUAACUGCAGAAAGGUCUUUCAACAAAAUUGAAGGACGAAUCAGGGGAACACUUCUAAACAAGCGAUUUUCAAUGGUAUGUUUUACUUUCAAGUUAGUAGAUAUUCUUUUCUAUUGAUAAGCAAUAAGUAUGUCUUGACCAACACAUUUCCAAAUCAGUCAUAUUGAAGAUUCAAGACACAUGGUUGUGCAUUGUUUUUUAAUCACGUGAAAAACUCCUUUUCACAUUAAAUUUAUCUCCACAUAACAUAAAUGACCAGUAAUCUUGGACAAAUUUAGAACCAAAUUUUAUCAGAUCAUUUUUCGAGGACCUCUUAUCGAAAACUCUGUUAUGUCAGCGAUUCUUCUUGUUUUCUUUUUGGGCCAUAUUUAAAAUGUGUUAGUUAGUAUAGAGAUGUACCACUCAUUCAUUUCUCCUCUCAUUUUUUACAGUUUGCAUUUUUUACCUUUAAUACAGGGUGGUCCAAGUAUAUAGAUGGGUGUGUUAAGAAUAGAGAUUUAUUAUAUAAACACCAAUGAAAUAUCAGGUGAGCUUUUGUGAGAAAACUUGACAUCUUCACAUGUGAAAAUAUCACCGUUGCUAUGGCUUCAUAAUAAAUCACUCCUUUCGCACCAAAAAACUAUUAAAGUAAAAUGGUUUGGUAGUUCAUUGGUGUUUAUAUAAUAAAUAGAACAUUACAUGGCCGCUUGGAGAUACGAAAUUUCUCUUCUCGUGUUAAAAAAAUAUUUCACUCGUUUCAACACUCGAGAAAUUUUGUAUCUCUGCGCAGCCAUGUAAUAUCCUCUAUGUAUCACUCAUUCAUUUCUAUAAUUUUUCCUUUUUUUUUUACAUUUUGCUUGUUUUUUUUUUGAUCCUCUAAUACAGGGUGGGCUGAAGCACCAUGAAGAGGAAGUGGUUUCCUACUUUUCUGAUGACCCCAGUUCCGUCAUGAUCACAAACAUACCAUCCAGGUGUGUUCAUAGCUAAAUACUGGUGCUAUGCUCAUUUUGGCUUGUAUUUUUGUUGAAAGUAAUGCUAAUUAUUUUUCUUUCACCAUGUUGCAGUUUUGACAGAUUGUUGGUUCAUGGUGUUUGCCAGUUCCUUGAUUUAAAAUCCAGCAGUAAGUUAUAG